AUGUGUCUAGACAGCCAAUUUAAAUUUUGGAUUAUAAAAGUUCUCUCAUUUUUUUUAACUUUAAUUUCUUUUACAACAUACAACACUAACAAGAAGAGUGAUAUCUCCGCUUCACACCCAGAAAUGAGUACUUCUGUACCAAGAGAAGGCAACAACAACGUUGGUCGAACUGACCAAGAAUCACGUAAUAAUAGUUUCACAAUUGGUAACCUUAAAAGAAUUUCAGUUAAAUUGUUCAAGUCAAUUUUUAAAGGUUCAACUAUAUUGACUGUUUCAGAGUUAGUAUUAAUCAUGAUAGUGAAAAUAGUUGGAGUAUUCUCUCCUAAUGAAAAUCUGAAAUUGAUGGUACAAAAAAUUUGCUAUCCUCUCAUGUUAGCUAUCGUGGUUGUUUGGGCCAUUUUUAAGAUUAUAAUUACAUACAGAUCAUUAUAA